UUAGCAUUUCAAAAUGACAAGUGCUGCAAAAUUAAGACGGGAUGAAAUUAGGAAAGACAACAUCCCAGAAAUCAUUCUUGAUCCAACCUCUGGCAAACGUUAUUUGAAAGGACGAUUCUUGGGCAAGGGUGGCUUUGCAAAAUGUUUCGAAUUAACAGAUGUGGAAACAAAAGAAAUCUUUGCUGGCAAGAUAGUGUCCAAGACAUUGCUAGUCAAACAGCACCAAAAGGACAAGAUGACCCAGGAGAUAAGCAUCCAUCGUAGUGUCAACUUUAAAUACAUUGUCAAAUUCCACUCCUUCUUUGAAGAUUCUGACAAUGUCUACAUUUUGUUGGAGCUGUGUAGAAGAAGAUCGCUCAUGGAACUUCACAAGAGAAGAAAAGCCAUCACAGAGCCAGAGACACGCUACCUGGUGCGACAGGUUAUUCUAGCCUGUCAAUAUCUCCACAGUAAUAAAAUCAUCCACAGGGAUUUGAAACUUGGAAAUCUUUUUAUCAAUGACGACAUGGAAAUUAAAAUUGGUGACUUUGGGCUUGCCACACGUGUGGAUUAUGAUGGAGAAAGGAAACGAACGUUAUGUGGAACACCAAAUUAUAUUGCCCCAGAGGUACUCAACAAAAAAGGACACAGUUUUGAAGUGGAUGUAUGGUCACUUGGUUGUAUUGUGUAUACAUUGCUGGUUGGUAAGCCUCCCUUUGAAACAACCUGCUUGAAGGAUACCUACAUGAGAAUAAAAAAGAAUGAGUAUCAUAUACCAUCCCGAGUAAGUCAGCCUGCCAAAAACCUCAUCAUCAAGUUGCUCAAGGCUGAUCCCACAGACAGACCCAACAUGGAAAAAAUGCUGGAUGAUGAGUUUUUCACGUGUGGUUACUUGCCAAGUCGCUUGCCUACAAGUUGUCUGACGAUGGCACCACGCUUUGACACACUUGCAAAAUCGGAAUCUAUGUCUAGGCGCCCAUUACACGAAAUCAACAGAGCAGACCCUAAUACGAGACCCGCCACAGCCUUACCUGAAAUGAUGAAGAAAGAUGAGAAACGUCCUGAAGUUAACGACGGUGAGGAAGGGGAUGUACGGAGCAGAAAAGGAAGUGAUGAACCAACAGAUUUCUACCUGUCCGACUUGUUUGCCCAGUUGGGUGCUGUAGUAGCUGCUCGGCCCUCAGAGAGAGCCCUAGUUCAAGAAGAGGAUGCCCUGGACCCUGCCUGUAUCCCCAUAUACUGGGUGAGUAAGUGGGUAGACUACUCGGACAAGUACGGCCUCGGCUAUCAGAUGUGUGAUAACAGUGUUGGAGUUCUCUUCAAUGACUCCACUCGACUCAUUCUUCUGGCCAACGGAGAGAAUGUGCAGUAUAUUGAACGUGACAGUACAGAACACUACCACACCAUCAAAGUGUUCCCUGAGACUCUCAACAAGAAAGUGACGCUGCUUAAAUAUUUCAGAAAUUACAUGAAUGAGCAUUUGUUAAAGGCUGGUGCGAACAUGACUCCUCGAGAAGGUGAUGACAUGACUCGUCUACCUUUCCUAAGGACUUGGUUCAGAACGCGAAGUGCUAUCGUCCUCCAUCUCAGCAAUGGUACACUACAGAUCAACUUCUUCCAGGACCACACAAAAAUAAUUCUGUGUCCAUUGAUGCAGGCUGUGACCUACAUUGAUGAGAAGAGAGACUUCCAUAUAUUCAGACUAUCGUUGAUAGAGAAAUACGGGUGUUCUAAAGAACUGGCAAGUAGAAUACGCUACGCCAAGACAAUGGUUGAACGUCUAAUGACGUCAAAGUCUGGAUCAGGACGUGUACGAUCUGCAGCACCUCCGGCUACAACAACCACUUAGGUGGAAAAACCCUCAUUGGUUGUGUUACCAAGAACAAAAGACAUGCCACAGUGAAGUGUCAUUAUCUUAAGAUCUCGGAUUUGCGAUAAGGGUAGCUGUGUGAUUCUUUCACCUCCGACUACCGGACAGUGCCCCUCAGAGCUUCUAAUUCGGGCAAUAUUACAAGUAAACAUAUGACUAUGUAAACCUUAAACAAGGCCUCAUCUGUUAUGCAAGGGAACAGUGCAUGUGUUAAUUUAUACAAACUACAACCAUUGUUUAAACUGUUACUGCAUUUCACUAUGUACAUUACUUGUAUAUAUUUAUGAUAUACUGUAAUCAUGAUCUUUAUCACCAGAGUUUGCAUUUUCCA